AUGGGUGAUGUCAGUACGAAUACCUUCAGGGGUUAUCAUAGCGAUACAAUCAGCUUAUCGCUCUCACAUAGAAACGGUGCAUUCAGCAUGGUUGCUGCAUCUGCAAGGCAUGAUGAUGGUUAUUUCGAUGAUGGCAUUGUGAUUUCUAGUUCCUUUCAUUUUGAUAACUAUAUUGUUCAAAUAAAUAGGAUGGAAUUGACCAAUUUAAAUGAUGUCAUCAGAAAUACACGGCGGAGGAGAAAUGGCGCCGCCAUCAAAGGAUUCUUACCUCGGUUAAUCAAAAUGGUUCUCCCGAACAAUGUCGAUUUGCUGCAUCCUCCAUUGGAAUUGGAGAAGAAGAAGCACAAGCUCAAGCGUCUUGUUCAAUCCCCCAAUUCUUUCUUCAUGGAUGUGAAAUGUCAGGGUUGCUUCAACAUAUCAAACUUCCUAGGAAUAAACAUGACGCAUUGUGGAGCACCAUCCAUUGUAAAUACUAUCAAAUUUCCUAACCCUACUGCUGAACUAUGGUUUUGUACCAAUCAAAAAGAUGAUAUGAACGAAUUUUCACCUCAUUUCGUGCCAAGUGGAAGAAAUGAUGUAUGA